AUGGGGGUGUGGGGGGUCGGCAUUGGAAAUUGGAGCCAUCUGACCGCCACGCUCCUGAUCUCCAUCCUGGCGGCCGUGCUCGGCUCCCUGCAGAUCGGCUACCACACAGGGAAUGUCAACGCUCCAGCCAAGAUCAUCGAAGAGUUUUUCAAUGAAACCUGGAAGGCCAGACAUAAUCAGUCGAUGCCAGAUCACACUCUGACGCUGCUGUGGUCGCUCUCUGUCAGCAUCAAAGACUUUGGGGCCUUGUUGGGCUCAUUAGGAGUCAAAUAUUUGGCAGAUGCUUAUGGGAGGCGCAACUCCAUCCUGAUUGUUAACUGCCUCUCGGUGGUGGGAGCAAGUUUGAUGUUCGCCUCCAAAGCCAGCGGCUCCUUCGAGGUUCUAAUUUUGGGAAGACUGGUGUUUGGAUUGUUCUGCGGCCUGGUGAUGAGCCUCAAUCCCCUCUACAUCCAAGAAGUGUCGCCCACCAACCUUAGGGGGGCAUUUGCGACCCUCAACCAGGUGUCAUUUGCCUCAGGGAUCCUGGUGGGAAUGGUAGCUGGACUGGAGUCAGCGCUUGGCACAGAGAAGUACUGGGCUAUGAUGUUGUCCCUCUCCCUCAUCCCGGCCCUGUUGCAGUACUUGAUCCUGCCCUUCUGCCCAGAGAGUCCCCGAUACCUGCUCAUCAACCGAGGCGAAGAAGACAAGGCAGAGGCCGCUCUUCUGAAGCUCAGAGGAGGACCUGACAAAGUGCGGGCCGAGCUGGAGGAGAUGAAGUAUGAGGCUGCACACUCACAGACCGGCCUCAGCGUGCAACAGUUCUUUAAGAGGAGAAGCUACAGGCAGCCCAUCAUCAUUGUCCUUAUCGUCAACCUGGGGAGCCAGUUGUCGGGAUUUAAUGCGAUCAUCAACUAUUCCACCAAAAUGUUCCAGGCCAAGUUUGAUGAAGCCAAAUACCUGACCCUGGGUGUCGGAGCCGUGAAUGUGACAUUCACUCUGGUGGCUUUCUUCCUCAUGGAGCGGGCCGGGAGGAGGAAGCUGCUGCUGACUGGCUUCAUCUCCAUUGCCGUCUGUAACUUACUGAUGACGGUGCAUUUAGUCCUGGACCUGCGGAGCCUUCAGGUCCUCCUGGUCUUCUGCCUGAUCUCAGCCUAUGAGCUGGGCCCAGGUCCCAUUUCCUGGUUCAUUGCCGCCGAGCUGUUUGACCAACCGGGGAGGCCCAUCGCCAUGUCCUUCACCAGCAUGCUCAACUGGGGAGGGAAGUUUGUCCUGGCGCUGCUCUUCCCUCCACUGCUGAAAAUAUGUGGCGCGUACGUCUAUCUCUUCUUCACGGCAGUGGCUUUGCUCGCCUUCAUCUUCACUUGGAUUCGGCUCCCAGAGACAAAAGGACGCACGUUUGACGACAUCGCAGAGGAGUUUAGAGGAGCAGAGAACAUUUUGAUGCACAACAAGAGCGGGUUCAACACAUUUACCUCAGGAGACUUCUAA